CUCACUACAGAGACACAAGCUGAUAGGCAGCGCUUUGCGACACCAUACCUGGUCUGGCGCGUAAGAACAAGGUUGGCAACUACCCUGUCUAUAUGCGUCUUCUUCAGAUCAACAGCAAUGGCGACCUCAGCCUCGUCGAAUAUUUCGGAAACGACAUUCCUCCCUACGCCAUUCUAUCGCACACGUGGGGUACUGAUGACGAUGAGAUCUCGUUCAAGGAUAUCAAGAAGGGCCGCGCAAGAAGUAAAGCCUCCGGUUAUCGCAAAAUACGCUUUUGUGGAGAGCAAGCUCUAAGAGACGGUAUCCAUUUCUUCUGGGUCGAUACAUGCUGCAUCAAACAGGAGAGUAGCCAGGAGGUCGGUGAGGCGAUCAACUCCAUGUAUCGAUGGUACCACGAUGCGGUCACUUGUUACGUGUAUCUUGCCGAUGUUACUGUUGGAAUCGUCACACAUGAGGAGAUAGCGUCUGUGUCAGAAUGGUACUUAGCUUUUCAAAGCAGCAGGUGGUUUACUCGAGGAUGGACACUUCAGGAACUCCUUGCGCCUGUGUCCGUCGAAUUCUACUCCAAGCACGGUUAUCGACUCGGAGAUCGGACCACACUCGUCCAACAGAUUCAAUUGAGCACUGGUAUUGCUGAGGCCGCUUUACGUGGAAGUCCGCUCUCAAAUUUCACAGUUGAAGAACGAAUUUCGUGGGCACGCACACGCGCCACUAAGCGGGAAGAGGAUGCAGCGUACUCCUUACUUGGGCUUUUCGGUAUUCAUAUGCCCCUCAUAUAUGGAGAGGGACGGAGGAAUGCGCUGAAGAGACUGCGGAGAGAGAUUGUCAGAGCUUCGAGAGAAGAGCCGUUUUCCGAAAUGUUCAACCCAUCUUCCAUCGUGGGUCCCGGUGCCACGAACCCCUUUCUUGGAGCCCCGACAACGCAUACGACUCCUGACUUGCAGUUCACGUUCAGAAUUGACGAGAUCUUAUUUCUACCCGACCCGGUAUGGGGGAAACCAUAUUUCACGCGUGGCGAACCGGGCAUCUCAGGAGCGUGGUGGAUGUGUGGAUCACUCAUACAUCGGAUACCAGAGCUGCCUGGUUGGUUUAGGCACUUUGACACGACUACUGUUUACUACCGCUCGGAAAAGUUUGCUGUAGCGCAUGGCGAUCGUACAGGCGCGACUGGAGAAUUUGAUGGAGAGUGGCAUGACCUCGGCUUCUUUCACAACGAUAAGGAUUUCUCGUCCAGUCUCCAUAUACGUGGAACAAACCCGACAUUGAGGUGCCAACGGAGCGGCUCCAGCUGGCCGCGUUUUCUAUUACCAAGCGGACAUCAUGGGCCUAUUGACACGUCUCAACGAUAUGGCGGCCUAAGGGGUAGUCUGUCUAUCUUCCUUGCACUUUUAGCUCUUUCGGUCAGACCGAACGAACUCGAAGCAGUCUUGCCAACAUUACGGAAUAACGGCCAGUGGUGCUUCCCUGCGUAUGCGAAUAGGAGGCUCGAGAAUCGUGGCGUCGUUGUUUAUGUCUACUGUGGCACUGCACCAGGUAGUACAUCUGAAGAUUUACAAGCAUAUGAGAAUGGCGCGUACGGGAAUUUCUUGGACUGAGAUCACGAGCAGUCAAACUUGAGAACGAUUCUGUCGCAGAGCUUUCACCACC